UAAAUAGAUAGAGCGAUACUUGGGAUAUGUAUGUUGUAUACUAGACAAUACAGUGCUCAGUGAGUGAAUGUGUGACUGCACCUGAAUCUGCUGCACUGCAAACUCGAUCGAUUGGCACAGGAUCGUUGCAUGAACAACUUAAGCGUCUGCAAGUACCCUCUUGGAAUAUCACAUAGCGUACGGCUAUUUCAUAUACAUAGGACCUUCUGUAUCAUACAGAUGCAAGAUGUUGUAUUCAAAUGUGGUUUACAACGCCGCCCAUAGUGGUUAUAAACACCGAAUGGAUAUCUACUGCGCUGUCCCGAGAAGUCACAAUGCUACCAAACAAACGGAAUCAAGUAGCAAGCUGAAACCUUGUAUCUUCUACCUGCAUGGCGGUGGUUGGAAGAGGGGCGACAAAUUCAUGCCAUACGGAGUCAACUCGGGGCGUAACAUAGGUGAAACACUGUCCGCCAAGGGAUAUCCCACGUUCGUAGUGUCGUACCGUCUCUCUCGGCACCACACACUCUGGAGUAUCGCACUGGGUCUGGGCAUAUCGGCGGUUACGGCGACUGGUCUCAGUGUGGGCAUGCUCUCCGCCGGAUACGUCGUCCAAAAGCUCUGUGCGUGUACACAUAUAGGUAGCGCUCUGCUGGAGAGGUACACAGCCCACACCCCUCAGCCCACCAGCCUGGCUGUGGGGAUGUUCAUCACUCUCUUCACUCUACUGUGUAUGCUGCUGCGUUAUGAGGAACUGACCUACAACCGCGACCGCUUCGUACGCCAUCCGGGGCACAUAGAGGAUGCCGCACGUGCGUAUCGGUUCGUGCACACCAACGCACAUCUGUACGGGGGUGAUGGCAACUGUAUAUUCGUGAUGGGCCAUAGCGCUGGAGGCCAUCUGGCUACACUGCUAGCGCUGAAUCCGCAGUAUCUGAAUGGGAAAGCGCAUGAGUGUGUGGAUGCUGAGUGUGGGAAGGACUGUCUGGGGUCGAGUGCUGAGGUGGACGGUGCUGUGUCUGAGGGCUUUGUGGGCAGUACAGAUAAAAGCGUAGGUGAACAAGGUCAAGGCGGUAGGUCAGUGGGUACAGGUAAGAGAGAAAGCAAGGGCGAGCACGCUGAAGUGGAUCAGGCGGUGCGAUGUAUGAAGGGAAGUAGGGGGAGUGUCAACUCUAUCGUACCCCAUACAGAGACCAGGAAUGUGCGCAGGAAACCUGUGUGUAGUACUGGGUUGACAGACGUGUCGAGUGAAUCCGGCAUGAAAAAUAACACACUCAAACGUAAGGCCAGCCGCCGGGAGAGUGGGACAAAGGGUCUGAUAUCCGACCGCCCCUGUGAUACGACUCAGCUAUCCGACAUCGAGCGCGUAUAUGUGGAAGGGGAGUACAACACCCCGCUGAUGCGCUCUCUGGCCGGGGUUAUCAGUGUGUCUGGGGUGUAUGACUUGUGCAGGCUCAGAGAUAGCUACUUGACUAAGUACAACUAUUUUAUGCCGGCGUUUGGGCAUCUGAGUGACCAUGAACUGGCGCUUGCUGAUCCGAUAAGGCUGGCCGAGGACCAUGCGCGUAUGGUGGCGUCUGUAGAGACACGGCUGCAAGCACACAGCCAUGCACCUACAGAUCGGUUAACACAUGGAGAUAUGGCCUCGCACGCUGGCAUAUCCACCGACAUAGACACCCCCACACAAUCAUCGCAAGGCGCGUUGCACGGAGCACGCGAAAGGACAGCAAACGCGUACGAUACACCGCAGGAGCUACGGAGCAAUGGAGUACUCCGAAAAUUCCCGUUCUUACUCUUCAACGCAACGUUUAUUGAAUUCCAUCUGCGCGAAGACAGUGCAAAGCUAUGUGCGUUGUUGGCGGAGGCGGGUGCGCGUGUGAGCCACCAUAUACUACCUUCCACUACCCACGGCACUAUUGUGGGUAAUGUGGGCAGGCGGCAGAGUGUGGAUGAUCUGCUGGUUACCAUGGUAACGGAUUGGCUUGCUGAUAGCACGAGGGCUGUGAGGGGGACACCGGCGUGAGGGGAUUGCGCAGGCUAGAUUGUUGUAUGAGUAUGUGUUGCGCGCUAGAUUGUAUAUGAUAAAUUAUGUACUACACUUGGCAGCAAAUACAAAUCAAAGGAGUAUGUAAACAAAAUAGCCCAGUCAAAGCCUUUGCUGUCAGGGAGGAUAUUUUUUUAAGUCAAUGCGAUAUUGGAACCGAUGUCAUCAAAAACUUUAUUUCUCUUCCUUUCUGGGAUACAUCGUGUGUGUGUGUAAACAUACAGAAACGGAAACGACAAGAACACAUAAUUCUGCACUUGUCCUAAUUUUUCUGGACAAGGAGGCGGCUUCGUUGACCCUGUGAAUGGACUCCCUUGUAUGUGUUCAGGCGCUCCUUCGAGCCCUUGAGGAGCAAUUGAAAGCUGAUAUAUCUUCAAUUGAUAUCGCUAUACCGUAAAAAUCUGUAUAUCAGUACUUAUGUACGAUAUAUAUUUGUAUAAAGGAGAUCAAAACAGGGAUACAUCUCAUGAAGUUGGAAUAUCAAUUACAAAUUGUGCAAGCACCGUCCAAUAUCGCUUGCAGACCCCACCUUCAUCUGCAGGCGGGAGUCGCGAUCAUCUGCGCGUACAAAGAACAUCACGUAGAGGCAUGGCAUUAACCCCACACUCUAGUGUGCCUCUUUGAUGGCUCAACUGCAGAUGAUAUUCGACAGACAGUCUAGUUUACGCGACUACAACCCUCUAAACCGAUUAAAACCCUAAAACCCUCACGCUAUAGCCCCCGGGUCCCAGCAGAACUUGACACCUUCCUCAUUGCCAGUCGCAAUGUCAUCAAUGCGUGUCACAUGCACAGCAUCCAGUGCCCACCCAAACACAUCCAGAUUCUCGCGCAUGCGAUCGGCGUCUGUGCUUUGACACAGCACCCCACAGUCCUUCUGCACACACCAACGCAACAACACCUGUGCCGGUGUUCUAUUUAUAGACUGCGCCACGUCCCUGAUCACCGGAUGGGUCCUGAGACUCGCCCCUUGCAUUGAUCCCAGCGCACUAUACGCCUGCACGUGUAACCUAUACCCUGUCGCCAC